AUGCUUCGAAUAGGGGCAACUACUCAAAGAUUGGUUAGGAGCACUCUGCGUUAUGCAUCAAGCUCCAAACUAACAAAACUGAGUCUCAAGGAAGAAUGGCCAGGUAUCCCUACUCUGAAACCGUUGCACGAUAUGAAAACCCCAAAGACCUUAGUGACGAAGCUUUCGUCCGGGUUAACGGUUGCCUCGCAUGAAAAAUACGAGACCGUGAGUGCUAUCGGAAUUUUCAUUGGUUCUGGAAGUAUCAAUGAACAAGUGAACGAGUACGGAAGCACAUUUAUUAUGGAAAAUAUGGCAUUUAAGUCGACUGAAAGUAGUUCGCACAGCGAGAUAGUAAAACGCCUUGAAGAGAUCGGAGCCACUGUCACGAAGCGCUCUGGCCGCGACUUCAUUUCCAUUAUUGUCGAAACGCUCCGUGAUAAUGUCGGAGAUUGUGUCCGCCUGCUCUCUGAAACAAUCACGCAGCCCCGUCUUUUAGAUGAGGAAAUCCAAGAAGCGACCAACAUCCUGGGCUACUUCAACGAAAAUCGUAUUUUAGAUCGUGAUUACCUCUCCUGGUCCACCGACUUUCUCCAUGCCGCCAUGUUCGGCGCCAAUUCUCCGUACGGCCACGGCAUCAACGUGCAGCAGCCUGCCGUCAACGCCGAGACGCUUCGCGGGUUCUGGUCGAAGCACUACGUGGCUCCCAACAUGUGUUUAGUGGGCGUAAACGUGGACCACGAGCAGCUGACCGGCUUCGCCGACAAGUUCUUCCGCUUCCAGACCUCUCCGUCGAUGCCGAGCGUGUUCAACGCGCUGGACGCGCAGCAGGGAAAGCCUCCGGCGCAGGAGAAUCGGAUCGUGAAGGGAGGGAGCUACUUCGCGGAGCUGGCAGGGAUGGACAUGGUGGAAGUGGACCUGGGAUUCCACACCAACGGAUGGCUCGCCAAGGACAUGGUCGCGCUGAAUCUCCUGCAAAUGAUUCUGGGCGGCGGCAAGAUGUUCAGCGCGGGCGGCCCGGGCAAGGGAAUGUACAGCCGGCUUUAUAAAGACGUGAUGAAUCGCUACGGCUGGUUCGAAUCCUGCGAAAUCACCAUGCUGCUCUCCCGACUCCACGGAAUUGCGAGUCUGCGAGCGCUGGUCCCGCCCUCCUUCGUCGCCCCUACCACGAAAAUCCUGUGCGAUCACAUUCGGCAGCUGGCCGCAGAGCCGCUCUCCGACGAUGAGUUCCAACGCGCCAAGAACCAGUUCGAAAGCAGACUGUACAUGAACCUGGAGGAGCGAGCGGUGAUGUGCGAGGACAUCGGAAAUCACUUGCUGACCUAUGGACGACACGUGUAUCCCGAGGAAUGGUCCGAGCAGAUCAAUGCGAUCACCAAGGAAGAUGUCAUGAAGGCUGUGAAGGGAUUGCUGGACCUCCCGCCUGCCUACGUCGUGUUCGGGAGCGAGGUGAACAAAGAGUACAAGAACUUCCCGCCGAUCGAAGGCAUUCAGAGCUAUUUGCAAAUGCCCUACAAGUAA